CAAAUAUUUUAGUUCUCAGUAAUAAUAUAUAUCAAUCACAAAUUUGUGUUGAAUCGAUCAUCUCCAUUCACCACCAUGGCAAGAACAAGUUUGGUCAUCAGCAUUACCUUCACUGGUUUCAUUAUGUUGUCUAUUGCACAUAUGGCAUCAGGAGUUUCAAGACUCGAUAAAGUAGUGACCGCAACUGGGCCAUAUAAGACGGCAGACAUAGAGCGAUCUGAGACUAUAGUAACUAACUUACAUGAUGGGGCGGUCAACGACCAAGGAACAACCGGGGUAAAUGCCGCAAAGGGCUUAGCAACUGCAAAUUUAGUUGGAGAUGUGGGUGUGGAUUUAAAAAAUGAUCAAGUGAAAAUAAAUGGCAGUGGAGAUAGUGCGGUAGGCAAAUUAGCAGGCGUGGAAAGAAGUGGGCAUAUAGUAGUCGACUUGAAAAAUGGUCAGGUAGUAGAUGAAGGAGGGGAAAAUAAGGUAAAAGCCGCAGAUGUAGUGGUUGUUGUGAAAAGAGGUGGUGGAAAAACAGCGGUCGACUUAAAAAAAGAGGAGGUACAAAACGGUGGACAAACUUCUGGGAAUAGAAAGAAUUCAGUGCCAGAAAACUCUUAUCCGGCAAAUAAUGAUGUGCCUGCAACCGAAAAUACCAAUGGAAGCUAUAACUAAGAGCAGGUUAGAAAGGAAGGUUUUUGGUAACAUUUUCCUUUGCUUUUUUUUUUUGAUGCACAUUUUCCUUUACUGUAAAGCUUCCACAUAUAUGGAGCUGUUCGUUUUGUGUAGUGUGUUUGCUGUUGUUGUCCUGUUAUUGGUUUGAAUUAUCAAAGAGAUUGUUAUAAAUUUUCUUCA